AUGGGCGAAACAGAGGAUAUUUCGUUACCAAAAGCCACGGUGCAGAAAAUCAUAUCAGAAGUGCUUGAAAAUGAUUUGACGUUCAGCAAAGAAGCCCGUGAAAUCAUUAUCGAGUCUGGCAUCGAGUUUAUUAUGAUCCUGUCGUCAAUGGCGUCAGAAAUGGCCGAUAAAGAGGCCAAGAAAACAAUCGCCCCAGACCACGUCAUAAAAGCACUGGAAGAGCUCGAAUACCACGAGUUCAUACCGUUUCUGGAACAGAUCCUGGUUGAGCACAAGGAGACUCAGCGCAUCAAAGAGCGGCGUGACGCGAAAUUCAAGAAAUCAGGUCUGUCAGAAGAGGAACUGCUACGGCAGCAAGAAGAACUGUUCAGACAAUCUCGAUCCCGUUUUAAUCAGACAACAUCUGCAGCUGACGACAGUCCCGUGUCGGAAUCACCGCCUGUCGAAGAAAUUAUUAAGAGCGAGGAGAACUAA